AUGUCAGAAGCUGCUGAUGAUCCGAUAAUUAAAAUUGAACCACAAGAAUAUCCAAUCGAAGACAUUAAACAGGAGAUUGAGGAAGACAUUAAACAGGAAAUUGAGGAAGACCCUGAAUCGUGUUCAGAGGAUGACAAAACAUGUCUGAACAGAUUUAUGAACUCCAUAGUGAAAAUAGAAGAAAAUGUUGAACAGGAAUUAAUUCAGACUGCUCCUUAUAAAUGUGACAAGUGUCAUAGAACAUUUAGAAAGUUGCAUUAUUUAGAACAGCAUAUGUUAAAUUAUUGUCAUAAGUGCACAUAUUGUUCAAAGACUUUUUCAGAUGCAAGUGCAUUAGAAAUACAUAUAAAAUCUUAUACAUAUGAAAAACAUUUCACAUGUACAAAGUGCGGUAAAGCAUUUACUGAAAAAUAUCAUUUAGAUCAACACAUUUGUGCUCGUGCCAGAGAACAAAUUUUACGUUUGAAUGAAUCUAGUAAUCAAAAACGAAAUAUUCUCGCUCAUACUGCAAAGGGACCAGGUGAACGUCCCCAUAUUUGUCAAAUUUGUGACAAGACAUUCACACAAUUGAGUAAAUUGAAUCGACAUAUGCUAACUCACACCGGUGAACGUCCGCAUAUUUGCCAAAUAUGUGAUAAGGCAUUCACAGAAAUGGGUACCUUGAAUAAACAUGUGCUCAUUCACACUGGUGAACGGCCACAUAUUUGCCAAAUAUGUGAUAAGACAUUUGCACGAUUAAGUUCCUUGAAAUUGCAUAUGCUAAUUCACACUGGGGUACGUCCUAAUAAAUGCAAAGUAUGUGGUAAGACAUUUACAGACUCAAGUAAUUUGAAUAAACAUGUGCUCAUUCACACUGGUGAACGCUCCCAUAUUUGCCAAAUUUGUAAUAAGGCAUUCAUACAAUCGAGUACCUUGAAUAGACAUAUGCUCAUUCACACUGGGGUACGUUCUAAUAAAUGCAAAGUAUGUGGUAAGACAUUUACAGACUCAAGUAAUUUGAAUAAACAUGUGCUCAUUCACACUGGUGAAUGUUCCCAUAUUUGCCAUAUUUGUAAUAAGGCAUUCAUACAAUUGAGUAACUUGAAUAGACAUGUGCUCAUUCACACCCGAGAAUGCCCCUACAAAUGCAAAAUCUGUGAUAAUGUAUUCAAACGUUCAAAAGGACUGAAAAGGCACAUGGUUGCUCAUACCAAUGAGUAA